AUGGAUAUGCUAUCUAAACCGACUGAUGUUUUCCCCUUACAAACCAAAGAGAAACGUCCCAUUGCGGUUACUUGUAUGACCUUUGAUGAUAAUGAAUAUAAUGGAUUCCUUGUGGGCGGUGAAGAUGGUUACAUCUAUAAAGGUAAUCGUUUGGAAGUACGUGCUGGUAUUAAAUGCAUAUACGAACAACAUGAUGCUCCAAUAACUGGUAUAUCUAAAUUCUCAACUCCAGAAUCGAAAUUUAAUAAUUUAUUUUUAACCUCAUACAUUGACUCGACCAUUAAAUUAUGGUCAUUAGACGAUGAAAAGCCAUUACAUACAAUUAAUAACAACUAUGAGUAUGUAAUGGAUAUUGCAUGGUCUCCAACAAAUCCUGCUUUAUUUGGUACAGUUAAUGAAAGUGGUCAUCUAGAUUUAUGGAAUAUGAAUAUGGAUACCGAAGAACCUAUUAUAUCUACAAUGCUGAAUGGCCAGCCAGCUCUUAAUCGUAUAUCAUGGCUGUACAGCGGUAAACAUAUUGCCAUUGGUGAUAUAGAUGGAAAAUUACAUAUAUACGAUAUAGAUGAAAGUUUAACCCAUCCCGUUUAUGAUGAAAAUACUGGUCUCUGUGAAACUUUGGAUAUGCUGAAACAAAAACGUUUAUUGAAUUAA